CUAGCAACGAACACCUUUGGUAGUAUGUGGGCGCUUCGCAGGGCUGCGAAUCCUUUGAGGAAUCAAGGCCACCGAAUUGUGGCAGCGAGUGCCUGUUCUGCUAAGUCAGAUAUUUCUGGUGGUAACCCUGUUUCAAAUGAGUGGAAUUGUGAAAAAGAUGGAUGUAGUUCUGCAGGAAAUAUGUUUUUGAAUUCAGUUUCACAUGGAGUUUCUUUCACUAAAAUGUCUAUUUUGGGGACUAGAAGCCUUUCUUCUCAUGCUGGAGCAAAGUCCAGUGACAGUGAGAAUGACGUAGAGGAGGGGUUUUCUGAUCUAGAAUUAGCUCCAGAAACGGAUAAAGUUGGUGACUCUUCGGAUGACUUAGAGGAUGGGCUUUCUGAAGAUGAACUCUCUGUUGAAGGCAAAGAUGAAGGUGCCGAUCAUGCACUUGGCUUACUGGAUGCUGCAAAGGAUACAAAUGUUGAAAAGGCUUUGAACAAAAAGAUUGGCACAUCUCCACUCUUUAAGAUUUUAAUGGAGGCCCCUCGCCUAUCUAUAAAUAGUGCUCUUGAUAAGUGGGUAGAAGAAGGUAAUGCAUUAGGACGAAGUGAAAUCUCAACAGUUAUACUUAAUCUUCGAAAAUGGAAAUUGUAUGGGAAGGCCCUUCAGUUUGCGGAGUGGUUGGAAACAAACAAACGUCUAGACUUCACAGAGCGUGAUUACGCUUCUUAUGUUGAUUUAAUUGCUAAAGUACAUGGAAUUCAGAGGGCUGAAAAGUACAUUGAGAAAAUUCCAAAAUCCUUGAGUGGCGAAGUGAUCUACAGAACUCUCCUAGCAAACUGUGUCGCUGCAGGCAAUAUCAAAAAAUCAGAGGAAGUGUUCAACAAAAUUCGGGAUCUCGGCUUCCCCAUCACAACCUUCGCUAUCAACCAACUAUUACUGCUUUAUAAGAGGGUUGACCGAAAGAAAAUAGCUGAUGUCCUCGUGCUGAUGGAAAAGGAAAAUGUCAAGCCAUCCCUUUUCACAUAUUGGCUCUUGAUAGACACUAAAGGUCGUGCAAAUGAUAUCUCAGGAAUGGAGCAGGUUGUAGAGAAAAUGAAGGCAGAUGGCAUGGAACCUGAUCUGAACAUCCAAGCUAUGCUGGCAAAGCACUACAUCUUUGGAGGUCUCAAAGAGAAAGCAGAAUCCAUGCUGAAGCAGAUGGAAGGGGAUGACAUUAAGGAAAAUCGAUAUGCUUGCAAGUCUCUUCUUCGUCUAUAUGCAGAUCUAGGCAAGGCUGAAGAUGUAGAGAGGGUCUGGAAGGUGUGUCAAACUCAUCCCUCGUUUAGCGAGUGCUUAGCUGCGAUUGAUGCAUGGGGCAAACUAGACAAUGUAGAGAAUGCAGAGAAAGUCUUCGAGGACUUGAUGAGGACUUGGAAGAGGAGGCCAUCUUCAAAAUACUACAAUGCAUUGCUAAAGGUUUACGCAAACCACAAGCUUCUAUCAAAGGGAAAGGAAUUAGCAAAGAGAAUGUCUGAUAACGGGUGCCGUAUCGGCCCAUUGACAUGGGAUGCACUUGUCAAGCUCUAUGUGGAGUCUGGGGAGGUCGAGAAAGCAGACUCGAUAUUACAGAAAGCUGCUCAGCAGAACCAGAUCAAGCCAUUGUACAGCUCAUACUUGACUGUUUUGGAUCAGUAUGCAAAGAGAGGUGACGUCCAUAAUGCGGAAAAGAUCUUUCACAGGUUGAAGCAGAUAGGGUAUGCUGGGAGGAUGAGACAGUAUCAGGCAUUGCUCCAGGCCUACAUCAAUGCCAAAACUCCGGCCUAUGGCUUUAGGGACAGGAUGAAAGCUGAUAACAUGUUUCCAAACAAGCCAGUGGCUGCACAACUAGCAGCUGUUGACGCGUUUAGGAAGACACAAAUCUCAGAGUUGCUUGAUUGAAGGUGAGUUGAAUACACUCCUGGCUACAAGGGGCUUGAUACCUAAAGUUAUAUUUCAAGGUAUGCAGAUAAGCUCAAAGGGGCUCAAGGAAUUUGGUGAUUUCUUAAUGGAGUCAUUAUGCUAAGCUUGAGGCAUAGUUUAUCUAGUAGUU